AUCAAAAGCCUUCUUCUUUCUCUUUACAUUUUUCUCUAUUCUUUGCAUUCUUGCUCUUAGUCUAACACACAAAAUUCCUACAGUUGGUAUCAGAGCACUUUAAGUGAUCUUUGAGAGGCUGUGAGGUGAGUGAAACACGAGUGAAAGUGAGGAAAACAAACUGAGAAAAGAAAGGGAAAGUGUUGAUGGCUGAAUCAAAAGGUUUCAUCAUUGCUCCUCCUAUUUUUGCAGGCCAAAAUUACAAUAUUUGGGCUGUGAAAAUGGAAGCUUUUUUGAGAGCUCAUGAUUUAUGGGAUGUUGUAGAAACAGAUGUAGAUCCAGAGCCCUUGAGAGCAAAUCCCACAAUUGCUCAAAUGAAGCAACACUCUGAUGCUGUUUCGAAGAAAUUCAAGGCGGUGUCUUACCUCCAUGCAGCUUUGAGUGAAGAUAUGUUUGUCAGGAUCAUGACAAACAAAACAGCAAAGAGAAUUUGGGAAAAACUUGCUCAAGAAUUCCAAGGAGAUGCUAGGGCCAAAGGAAUGCAGAUUCUCAAUCUAAGAAGGCAGCUUGAAACUCUCAAAAUGAGAGAUAAUGAACUGGUGAAAGAUUUUUCUGGUCGAGUACUAAAGGUUGUUACUCAAAUGAGACUACUUGGAGAAGAUGUCACUGAUAAGAGAGUUGUGGACAAGGUGAUGUGUUCUGUUCCAGAAAAGUUUGAGCACAAGAUUAGCUCGCUUGAGGACAGUAAAGACAUGUCAACCUUCUCUCUUGCAGAAUUAGUCGGUGCACUUCAAGCCGUUGAAGACAGGCAAAUCAUGAGGAAUGAAGGCUCUGCUGAAGGAGCCUUGCUUGCUCAAUCCAAAGGAAAGCAGCCGAGGCAAGUUUCCUUUGAUGAAAAGAAAGACAGAAAAUUUCAGCCCGGAAAUUCUAGCAAAACAAGAGGGAAGAGAGCUACUUAUCCUCCUUGCCCUCACUGCAAAAGAACAAACCACAGUGCUGAUUAUUGUUGGGUCAGACCUGGUGUGCAGUGCAAACAAUGCAAAAAGUUCGGGCAUGUUCAGAAAAUCUGUAAGUUCAGAAAUGAUCAACAACAAGCUCAGAAUGCUGAAGAACAAGAAGAGGCGGAAGAGAACCUUUUCAUGGCUUCAACAGUUCAAAGAGGCUUGGUGAAUCAUCCAAAAUCUGAUUCAUGGUUGAUAGACAGUGGUUGCACAAACCAUAUGUCUCCUGACUUGAGUAUUUUCAAGUUCCUUGAUGAGAACUAUCACUCAAGAGUGAAAGUGGGAAAUGGUGAAUUUCUUACAGUCAAAGGAAGAGGCACUGCUGCAAUCAAAACUAGUUCAGGUACUAAAGUUCUUCAAGACGUGCUUUAUGUGCCUAAUAUUGCUCAGAAUUUGAUUAGUGUGGGGCAACUGGUUGAUGCUGGUUUCUCGUUGGCCUUCCAUGAUAAUAUUUGUGAUAUUAGUGACAAGAGUGGCGUGGUAGUUAUGACUAUUAAGAUGCAUGAUAGAAGCUUUCCUCUAGAAUUGAAGAAUGGAGAUCAUGUAGCCUAUCCUAGUGCAGUUUCUAAGUCAAAAUUACUGCAUAGUAGGCUGGGUCAUUGUAGCUACACAACUAUGUCACAAAUGCACAAGCAUAGCAUGGUUGAAAACAUGCCUUCCGUUGUUAGUGAAGAUGGCGUGUGUUGUGUUUGUGAGAAAGGAAAAUCCAGCAAGAGUUCAUUCAACAAAGAUGGAGUGAAGAGGGCCAAAGAUAAGCUGGAGCUCAUUCAUUCUGAUAUUUGUGGUCCUAUGAGUGUUGAAUCACUAAAUGAAAGCAAGGUCUACAAGCUAAAUAAAGCUCUUUACGGGCUUAAACAAGCACCUAGGUCUUGGUAUGAUAGACUUGAUGCUUGCUUGAUUGAAAUGGAGUUUGAAAAGAGUAAAAAUGAAGCCACACUAUACGUGAAGGAAUUGAAUCAAGACAUCUUGAUAGUUUCAGUGUAUGUGGAGGACUUGUUAAUCACUGGAAGCUCCAUAAAGAUGAUAGAUCAGUUCAAGUCAGAGAUGAAGAAGAAAUUUGACAUGAGCGACUUAGGCUUAAUGUCUUAUUUCUUAGGACUUGAAGUGGUACAGAUGGACUGUGGAAUUCUGAUCCAUCAAAGGAAGUUUGCUAAUGAAGUGUUGAAGAAGUUUGCUAUGUCAGAAUGCAAGCCAAUUGGGACACCAUUGGCGACUGGUCAAAAAUUCUUCAAAGAGGAUGGCACUGAGAAAAUUGACAGUAAAAUAUAUAGAAGCUUGAUGGGGAGCUUAUUGUAUUUAACUGCAUCAAGGCCUGAUCUUGUGUUCUCAGUCAACCUACUCUCUAGGUUCAUGCAUUCUCCAAGUGAGCAACAUUUCAAAGCAGCAAAACGGAUUUUGAGGUAUGUGCAAGGCACUGCUGAUUAUGGUGUGUUUUAUGGCAAAAAUCCAGUUAAUCUAAUUGGAUUCACUGAUAGUGAUCUUGCUGGCUCUGAUGAAGAAAGCAGAAGCGUGUUUGGCUACUGUUUCUCUCUUGGUUCAGGCAUGAUUAGUUGGAAGUCAAAGAAGCAAUCUGUUGUUGCUCAAUCAACUGCUGAAGCUGAAUAUAUUGCAGCUUCCAAAGGAGGAAAUCAAGCUGUCUGGCUAAGAAAAAUUCUCGUUGAUUUGAAAUUGGAGCAAAAGAAUGCAACUGUGAUGUUCUGUGACAGUAAAGCCGCCAUUGCCAUCAUCAAAAAUCCAGUGCUUCAUGAUAGAACGAAGCAUUUUAAAAUCAAGUUUCACUCCGUAAGGCAGCUGCAAAACGAAGGUGAUAUUGAUCUACAAUUUUGCUCAUCCGAAGAGCAAAUUGCUGAUAUACUCACUAAGAUUCUGCCAAAACACAGGUUUGAUGUUCUGUGUGAAAGACUUGGAAUGCGAAGACUUAGCUCCAUGGGGGAGUGUUGAAGUUAGUGGUAUGGUGACUCAAAGAAUGGAACAAAAAGUCUAUCUAAAAUCCUGUGUUAGGAUAUUUUAUUAAGGCCCUACUUAUCUUCUUAUCUUUUCUUACAACCUAGCCACUAGGAAGAAAGAGUGUAAGA